GAUAAUUACGGCCAAAAUCAGCCAAUGUCAGAGUUAGAAAUGCUACGCUUGAAGAUGAAUCAGAGGACAGAUGAGUCACUUGAGAGCACAAGACGAAUGGUUACAAUGGCUGAGGAGAGUCAUCAGAUGGGAGCUGCUACUUUGGAGACCCUUCAUCACCAAGGAGGUAAGUCGUCCUGUGCCAAUUUCUGUUUACGUGUUCUAAGGUCACUGGAUGCGGAGGUUCUUAGAGGUUGGAAGAGCUGGCCAAAGAACUUCACGAUGAUUAGGGGGUUUGGGUGUGUGCUGGUAAUCGAACAAUUGGAUCAUGUCAAUGAUCAAAUGAACGUUAUUCAUGAGGAUAUCAAAAAUACUGAGAAGAAUUUGGAUAAUUUGGAAAAGUGUUGUGGAAUAUUCAAAUUGCCUUGGAAAAGGGUCAGUCGCCCUGGGAGCGAUAAGCACUUCAAACCCAAAGAUUAUUCUACUGUGACAGUUCAACCGACUAAUGGAACCUAUUCUAAGGACUCAAAAAGAGGUGACGUUGCACAGUCACAACCAAGUGGUCCAUUCAUUACUCGAAUUUUGGAUGAUGAUCGUGAAGACGAGAUGGAACAAAAUUUGGGCCAUGUCUCAAAUAUUGUUGGUGAAUUGAAAGCCAUGGCGACGGAUAUGAAUUCGGAAAUUAAAACACACAAUGCCAAAUUGGAAUCAAUGGCCAAUAAGGUUUUUUUUCAAUAUAUAUUCAAAUGCAUCCAUAUUUUCUUGUGUACUGUCGAUAACCAAGCGAGAUUGGAAGCUGCUCAAAUGCAGGCAACUCGAAUUGUUGGAAAACCUGCCAAACCAAACGAUCCACUUAUACCUCAACCCGACCAGUUAAAUUCCGGCUCUGGUUCCAGUGAGGAUACCAAUCUUCGACGGGAAUAUGAGCAACUGCAGGAGGAGGCGGUUGUUUUGCGACAGGAGGCUGAUCAACGCCUUCUUGCAGCAUCGAAAAUUGAGGAGAAAGCCUUUGAAGAGCAUGCUUCACUUCGGAGGACCGUUAGUCUUUUGGAACAGCAGCUUCAACGCGAAAAACAACUUUUGUCAGAUUCGGACGCUGAGAUUAUUGACCUCCAGCGGCGUUUAAAUUUGGCUGAGGAGGCAUCAAAGCGAGAUUUAGCCUCCCUGAAUGGGCAACUCCGUUCAGCUGAAGCUGAAGUCACUCGUCUACGGCGAUGCCUCGCGUCUGCAGAAACGUCCCCAAAAUCUCCCGAUUCUCCUCUUGUUGCUUCACCAUCUCCUUCAACGAGGAGCAGAAAUUUCGACACUGAGGCAAGGAUUUUUGAACUCCAGACAAAUGUGCAACAACUUAAUGACGCCCUUCUCACUAAACAAGAUGCCUUGGAGGCUACACUCGUUCAAAACCAUGCUCUUAAGGCAAGUAACAUCUAUCUCUCAUUUGUGGAUUGA